UUCAGAGGAGACUCAAACCCAGCUCAGAUACAGACCCUUUGACAGAGGUGGAACACAAGUCCAAAUCUACCCCCCCCAUUUAUAAAGCCUAUCAUUGGUCUCUUAUUUCACAUCUCUCCCUCUCUCUCUGGUUAUGUAAUACUGCAGUUGUGCAAAGCUGCUGAUGUGACGGAUUCAAGUACCUACACACACACACACUAACACACACAGAUACCCGUGCCCACUGAUCCUCCAGACCUCACUGUCCUCUCUGUGAUGGUGUCCUUGUUCUGUCAUCAUUAUUGAUGGUCACAUUGAUCGCUGUCCUGAAAACUGAAUUCUGUUAAAUGUCACUGAGCUGUCGUAUUUUUCAGCAUUCCUCCACACUCAAGCCUGUUUUUUAUUUGUCAAAAUCUUUGUAUCUCUGUGUGUUAUUGGAUGUCACAUGGGGGCAAAAGAGAAGGGACAGAGAAAAGGAGAGGGAGAGGUAGCUGGGUUACAUCAUGUGACCUCGCCAGCUGUUGCUGUACGCCUGUGGGAGAAACAGGGAGGGAGGUGAGGAGUAGGAACAGGGGGCAGCAGGAGAGGGAGGGGUCAGGAGCUUGCCGGUACACAAUGUGACUGGUGACAAUCCCUUGUCCUGCAGAGAGAGAGCGAGAGAGCGAGAGAGAGAGAGAGAAAGAGAGAGAGAGAGAGAGCAGCCGCAGGGGAUGAACACACACUCACACACACUUACACAUGCUCAGGCAGGGAUGUGAAGGGGAAGCUUGCUCACACACACCUCUCCUGAUUCAGCGGAACAGAUUUACUCGUCACCUCUCCCUGCAGACUCACGCAGCGAGCCUGCUGCAUAACAACACAAUCCCAAACCCAACGGCACCUGCCCCUUCCGCUAUCGCGCCCGUCUGUCUGCGUAGAUUAACGGCUCUGUUACAACUCCGACUGCGUGCUCACUGGCGUCCACUGCAGCUAAGACACGGAGGGGGGAACACGACAGGCUGAGACCCACCAGAGGUAGACGAGCAGCGAAUGUAAAUGAUGGAGAAGCUAAAAAGCCUUGAGCACACUGAGGAUGGGCUGCAGGACAAAUAGAUAACACAAAGAGAAACAAGGGGCUCUCUUUCUGCGUCUUUACCUUAGGACCUCCUGUAGGGAGAUGUUGAUCAUUAUGGGAUAGAUGAACACGAUUGACCACUGCUAUGGAUACCAGCACGCGAAAAUUCACAGUGCGGAGAUGGUUUUCUAUCUACCUGAAGAACAAGGCAGCAAGGAACAAGAACAGCACAGGCUUCUGUCAGCUUGAGGUUUGUCACACUGUUUAGAUCUACAUACAGGAGCACAACAAACUUCUUACACACGUGACAGCUGCAUGUUGUGUGUUUGUGUGUGUGUGGGGAGGGUUGCAUCAGUGUUGCACCAUGUGUUUGUUUGUUGGCACAAAUAUUCAGACAAGAGCAGUAGUGAAAAAACAGAAGCAGUUUCAUAUCAGCGGUGGAAGAGGAUAUGAGAUGAGUCUGUGCGCACAUGUGGAUGGGUGUAGGAAGAAUGUGUGAUAUUUUGUGAGGGGGGGGGGGGGGGUCAUUGCAGCAUGGUUACAGCUGUUGCUCCGCCUGCCUGCCUGUCAAGAAUCCAAAAAACAGAAGGGAAGAGGGAUGCUGUGUGUGCUUUGACUAAGAGAGAAAGAGACACGGGCUAAAUGGAUAUGCAGUCAGACAGACAGAAAUGCUAAGAGGCAAACAAGCAGCCAGCCAGCCAGCCAGGCAGGCAGGCAGGUUGAUGGAUAAAUGGAUGCAGACAGAUUGAUUCACUGGACGGCCACAGCAGUGGAGAUCUAUUUAUAGCCCAAACAAGCCAGCAGGGAGGAGAGGAGGGCAGGAUGCUGUUUGCAGCACAUCUACCUGUAUGUUUGGGAUAAAAAUAGAGGCUCACUCCCCUCCUCCUUCGCUCUUUGUUGUUGUGACUGGGGAUAAAACAUAUCAGACCUUCUACAUGUGUGUGUGACUGUUGGUCUCCCUGUCUAAAAGAGGUCUCUUUACUUGAUUAACUGCUCCAAUGACAGCCCACAGGAGUGUCAUGACGCUUUGAUGACCCAUGUCUGGGAAAUCUCUUUUUACUUACCUCCACUUGAUGGAAAGGUCAGGGUUCAGGGUCGGCAUCUCAAAGGUUUAAACGGAGGCCUUGACUAGCGUGACUCCAGCUGCCCCUGUUCAAACAGUAAAACAGCAAUAAUGCACACAAGCAGACUUCUGCUGCAGAGCUCUCUGUGGAAUGAAACUUUACAGCAAGUCACACCUCAAUCACUGACAUCACAGCAGUUGAUAGUUGUGAAAAACAUCUGUAUUAAAAAAAAACCCUGAGACUUCAGUUUUAAUGUGGGAGGUAUUUAAUUACCUCUAACUCCCAAAUAUGUUUUGAAAUUAUGCUUUUUUUUGCCUUUAUUUAGAGAGGAUGGAAUGGUGAGUUGAGCAGGAAACCAGAAAAGAGUGGGAGAUGACAUGCAUGAUAGAGGCAGCAGCUUUGAGUCAAAGACCAAACCACACGCAGGGAUGAUAGCCUCUGUUAGCCCCUGGACCAAAUCAGCAACCCCAAAUGUUGUUUUACCUUUCAGUGCAAAUACUAACUCAAGAGCUUGGUGCUUAGAUAUCGCGUCUCAUAUCCUUACUGUCUAAAAACUGUCUUUAUUCUUAAAGUUUUAUAUUAACCUGUAAUCUCUAUUUUUUGGCAUAUUUGCCAUGGUAGAAUUUGAGCUUCAAUUCAUUUUGCAUAUUUGCACAUAGACUAAUGUGAAUACUGUGGCCAAAGAUUACUAAAGAAAAUCCUUUAGAGACAAUAUCCUUUGACAAGAGUGGUUGUGCUUUGUGGGGUUUAGAGCUGCAUUGCUGCUAUGCUGUCAGGUCAGAAGCUGAAAUGCUGUCACGUUAGUUUCUUUUUUUUCUUUCACCUAAGGUAACCCUGCAGACCUGCUUGUUGCUACACUUCUCUUAAGAAUUAGGCAGCAAAAAAAAGAGUUGUCUUUCUUGUAGAAGAGUAAAAUUAGAUAGUAGGUGAGAAAUAUCAUUCUAAAAGUUUUCAUCUCUUUAUUUACACAGGCUAAAUCUAAGUGUGACCCUAAGCUUCUGCGGAAAAUGUUUCAUCUCUUGUCUUUAGAUCAAGGUUCAGGAUGUGAUAAAAUUCUUUAAAGGCUCAAUCGAGAUCUCAUAACCUGUUCAGCUGCAUGUUUUCAUUAGGGUAAACCAAGAGGAAACAAAUGUGCUGUUUCUGUAACACUGCUGAGACAGCGCCAAGAAAACUGCUGUCUCAGCUGAAGCAGGUGUGAACUUUUUGAAAGUUUGAACUUUUUUUAAACGGACUAUAGUUUAGAAAUUAUAAUACAGUAUAACGUUAUUACAGGUUGUCAUGAGACUUAAUUUAUCAAGCCAGUUUGCAAGGAUUUAUUUUUCAGACAUUUCUCGAUAGAUUAGCAACAGAAUGGGGGAAAAUGUUUUUUUUUUUUGGCUUUUUAUCAUAUUUAGAUUUUCUAAAUAUUGAGGAUCUGCAGAUACUCAGUCCAACACUUGUAUUUGCCUGGAUAGUAUAACUGCACCCCAUGUUUUAUUUCCCAAUAUAUACUAUUAUAUUUGAUUAUUUAUGACGCAAAACAAACUUAUCACACAAUUCAAAUGUUUCAUUAUUUACUUGACUUACCUGUCUUUGUAUCUGGGUCCAUCAGUGUCGUAUUAGUGUGAAGUGGAUCAGCCUCAUCUGGCCCAAGUGUCAUUUCACAGCCCUUGGUACUUUUCAUGAUCACGGUUCCCUGGUCAGUGGUCUGCUUUAGGAAAGAAGGCAAUUCAACAUCAGCUGUAGCCACAUUUUUUGCACUCAAAGUCUCAGCCAUGUGGUUGCUAAUGCUAAGUUAACUCCUUGUUUGUGCUGUGCUGCAAAUUGUUCCCAGUUUGCAACAGCUGACCUAAUGAUCAGCAGGAAUUGCUGACUACUGAUCAAUUAAAAACUGCCUGGAUAGGCUCAGGAGAUCAGGAUUGAGACAUAUCUGCAAAGUAGUGUCACAAAGACUUUCUGCCAUAGGUUGGGAGUUGAUCUUUUGCUUCUCUGAAUGAACUUAAAAGGCUCAGCUCCAAUAUAAUAGAAAAUGAAUAUCCAGUAUCUGUUUCAGGGUGUUUGUUCCUAAAAGUGAUAAAAAAAUGAUUCUACUAGGGGUUGAUUUAUUGUUAUUUAUCCCUAACUAACAAUAUUUACACUGCUGCAAUUUUGUUCUACUUCUCAGUCCCAUGACAUGUCUCACAAAAAGUCAAAUGUGUCUCUCUUUCCUCAGGAGGACAGUAUACUGAAGGAAAUCGACAUCAGCCACCAUGUUAAAGAGGGCUGUGAGAAAGCAGACCCCUCCCAGUUCCAGCUGCUCAAGGUGCUGGGACAAGGCUCUUACGGAAAGGUAAAGGGUAUAAAUAUAUUGUCAUGAUAAAAUCUUAGUAUUCUAACCAAACCUUAUACGAACAGAUACCAGGAGGCAGAUUCUCUCACAUCUAUUGGAGGAGGUUGCAAGGACAGACAAUCCUAAGGGGACUGAAGAGAUGAGUGUUGACUCUCCCACCCAAAAGAUUAGCCCUGACACUUAGCCAAUGCUGACAGCUCGAUGCAGGCUGUCCUUAGUUGCCCAGCUGGCCCAGUAGGUCAUCACUAAGGCUGGCUGCUGCAGAGGGGCAGCCUUUCUUCAGUUGCACUCUGUAUAAUAUUUUAAACACUUUUAGGAUGACUUUAAAUUUAGAAUAUCUUCAUUGAAUACAAACAUGUUAAGUGAAUGCACUCUUAAAAAGAUGGGCAUAGAAACUGCCACCCAGAGGAUUAGCCUUGACCCCCUGCCGACAGCCACCUGCAGGCUGUCCUCACCUGCCCAGCUGGUACAGUAAGAAAUGCAAAGUGGCAAUUCAUCAUCAGCUGUGCCCAGUGAUUAUAAUAUUGACAUAACUUAGUUAAUUAGUGUAUCUGCUGUAGAAUUCAAACUUAAACUUAGACAGAGGCACAUUCAUUCAUUAGUAUGCUGUGUGAUUGAUUUUACCCUACAGGGUUAUCUGGGAGCAUCUGAGUCCAGUCUGCAGAAAUUUGCUGUCUUGCAGACACACGAGCAUUCAAGCUGAACACAGAUGUUGAGCAAUACGGCCUGCUGGCUAUUUUUGGCUCAGGAAUGAGGGAUGGAGGGAGAAAGACUGACUGCUAUAUGUCUGCAAUUAAAUUUUGGGCAUUGUAGUCAAACUUUUCAUUGUUUUCUGUAACAUUACAAUUGAUUGAAACCCUUUUAACAGCAAAAACAGACCAUAGGUACAUGUCAGCAUGUAUAAUGAGCAGCCAAUUACUUUUAGCCAGAUUGUUUGUACUGUCGCUUUUUCUCUUUUGUUUCCUAAAAGAGGACUAUAGGCUGAUGAGACUUGAUGACGAGACUGAUGAGGUUAACUCUGAGGUGAUGCGGUGAUAUUAAUAGUUCUGGGAAUUAUGAUAUCAUGUAGAGUAAGACUGGUAAGAGCACUUACCCUCCAGUCCAGUAAGGCCGCUGAUGGUUUCAAUAAUCCAGAUGGCAAAGUCCGGAAUGGCAAUCUUGGGGCAUGCAGUGGGUGCUGCAGUCAUGGUCUCCUCCCCCACUACUUUCAUAAAGCUCAGAUGUGACCUUAAUUUUCAUUAAAGAACAUUGCAAUCAUUGAUCCGAGAUUGUUAUUGACCUAGAUGCCUUUAUGUUGCAAGGACUCAACAGUAAUAGAAAAUAAACAAUUAGUUGAGCAGCAGGCUGAUAGUCUAUAUUCUCAUUAAAGUUAACUCUUCACUGAGUGGGUCGAACAGUUCCGCUCUUCUCAAGUCCAGUCCAGUUAAUUGUUUUUCUGCUAUUAUUUUCAUUUUCUUUUUUAAUGACAGUCACUGAAAAUAAAGCCAUCUGGCCCUGUUGAAGAAUUUCUUCCUCUAAAAAUAUUCCAUGGUUAAUUAUUUCUGGUUAAGCAGUCUGACAAACGUGUGCCAUAGAUAACAGGGUUUGUUUAAUUUGUAAAAGCCAGAUGAAUCAUCAUCAGUGACAGGGUCUGUUAGAGGUCCGCACGGCGCAGAGAUAAAGCUCCAACAAAUGUCAGUACCGUGCACGUGCUCUUUUCAACUUCGGACAUGCACGUGCGCACAGGUAAAUUGUGUAUUAGGCCACUAGCCUAUUAGCUAGCUAAUUUAUGUCGUUUGCUUUAGCUAAGCUAAACAGGCAAAUUGAAGUAGAGGACAUUGUUAUGUCUCACCGCGAAGAAGCACAUGGGGUAGUAUUGAAUGAUAAUGGAUAGACGCUUACCUGAGUACGGUGGCCCACAGGCGAAGUCGAUAUUGGACUAAGGUCGGAGCUGCUGCAUUGUUGUUUAAGAUGUAGAAGCAACAGGUGCGCAUGCUCUGACAGACCAUAGGCUACACCGAAUCGAGGUAUUCUACAUUAAGUACCACAGUGCAGAAAUAUUUGGCUAGCUGCGAGUGAAAGCCUCGUAUUAAGGCCUGAAUAAGUCUGUGUAUGAGUAUGUAUUAGAAAAUGUACUUAAAUAAAUAAUAACAAUUAAAAAAUCUUGUUCUUUGGGUACAUAGUUCUGCCCUCAGCCAUUGAUGUACAGGUCUACUGAUUGUAACUGUUGCCACUGCUUCUCUGACGAUGAUGAUCAUGAUGUUUGUUUGAUGGCAGGUGUUUCUGGUGAGAAAGAUCAGAGGAGCAGACAGAGGACAGCUAUAUGCCAUGAAAGUUUUGAAGAAAGCUACACUGAAAGGUAUGAAAGACAAGUUAAAUGUGAAUAAGUUAUACUUUAGUUAAAAGCCCAUUCAUCCCAUUGGUCCCCUGAAUUAAUACAUUUCAUUUUUUUCGUCAAGAGCUGCAGUUUUCAUGCACUGUAUUUCUUACAUCAAAAGUGAAUCAGACAUGAGAUGAAAGAUCACACUUAAUCAUGUUGCCUCAGACAACUUUUCUGUGUUGUUACACUGAAAGACAGAGGGUGGAGUUAAACGUAAAUACAAGACAAACAGCCAAGAUUGCAGUGGAGCUCUGUCUUGUGAUAUUUGGAUUUAAGCACUAGUGCUUGCAAAUAUUGUGAAUCCAAAUUGAAAUCAAAUACUCAACCCUCAAACAGCACACAAUAUGCUGCAAUAAAAACAUUUGCAGAGUGUUUACUCUCUAACAUCAACAUUGGCUAUUCACCGGAAAGAGAGGAGAUUUGUAAUUGUCUCCGAUUGCCCUACAUUCAGAGGGAUUUGGGGUAAAAGAGGUUGGUUUGUGCUUGUGAAACAGAUGAACUGUUUUUGCGUCAAAUGGGAUUAUUGUAAACGAGGAUGUACGGUGAAAAAACAGGUUGAGAUGCCAUGUGCUGAUUUAGUGCCUUUGUACCAUCCUCAAUCCUCUUAACCUGCACCGCUGGAGUUUAAAUAGCCAUGGUUUCAGUCUGUCAAGGAGACAGAUGCUGCAAUAACACAAUGAACAAAACUCUGCUGUAUGGUGCUGCUGUACACCAGCAGCACCAUGAGAUCAAUCUAAUUCAAUUGACAUUUUCCAAUUAAGUUAAUGCUGUUUCAUCCUACAGAAAACCGCAUCAGAGGGUUUUUCUGAUGGAGGUAUAAAUAACCGAACAUAAUGCUGUUAAAUAAACACUUCUCCCCUCACUUUCUCCUUUCCAGUCCGGGAUAGAGUGCGGUCUAAGAUGGAGAGAGACAUCCUGGCAGAAGUGAACCAUCCAUUUAUAGUUAAACUGCACUAUGGUGAGUGUGAGUCUCUGAUGGGCUUCAUUUAGUUCUUGAUUUACAAUCUGACCCGCUGAAGUUACUAAAACAUGGAUCUUUCAUUUGGAGAAGAGAGAGGAAGUGUUGACUAACUCUUAAAUUCCUAACAUAGCAACACAACCUUUUGAGGUUGUGUUUCCAUGUUCUUGAAAACAUGGAAAAUUUAGAGUAAUUGUUACUGUGCAAACAUGAGCCUUUCAUAGACACCGUUUGGUUCAACCAUGGCAGAGUUUCCAUUCACGUUAUCAUCCCUGUUUAUAGCCUUGCCCGAGGUUUCAGCCAAUUGGAUUUAUGAUGUUCACACACACAAAUACAACAGGAGAAAUCCUUAAACCCAUUUUAUAACCAGGAAAUCAGUGUCCAUCUAAAACAAUUCACUGACACCAGUUAACCGUGCGCACACCUGGUCUACCUCAGCAUUAAUGCAAUGUGCAACUUCUACAGUGUAGCCUCUGCAUGUGCUGUAAAACUUAUGAAUAUGUGUUAAUGUGUCCGUGCAGCCUUCCAGACAGAAGGAAAGCUCUAUCUCAUCCUAGACUUUCUCCGAGGAGGAGACCUCUUCACCCGUCUGUCUAAGGAGGUGAGUUUGCUCCUGAUUGGCUCCCCCACUCUUUACUGUAACAUUUACUGAAUAAGGAGCUUUUUUAUCUUUUCAAGCCUUCACUCUACUGAAGUUUAUAUUGUGGGUGGUGUGACACCAAGGCUGCCAGUACUUUAAAAUCCUGCCAUGGAGACCACAUAAGUAUGUUGGUUGAGCAAAGUGUUUGGCUGGAAAUUAUUUUUUGAAAGAUGGUGCUGUUUUAUUUCAUUUUCCUGCUGGGACGUGUGAUUUUGAGCCAAUCGCUGUUCUAGCUGCAACAUAAGGCUCAUUUUUAGGAACCAGAAAUAAACUAAACAACUAAGUCAUAAAUGAAGGCAGCUCAGUUUUCUGUCAUAUGAGUCCUAAAUACAGUGUAAGACAUUUUCAUCAUAAACAAGGGCACUUUCACUUUCAUGUAAGUGAGAAGUAUGCAUGGAUUUCUGAAGGGUUCAGUUUAAGGUUAUUUGUUCUUGUAAUGUUUUUCUUGUCUUAUGAGUUUAUCCUUUGUUUUUCAUGUUUGAAUUGUAACUUAUUACAUCAAAAUGCUGCCCUUGUUGUAGGUCAUGUUUACAGAGGAGGAUGUGAAGUUUUACCUUGCUGAGUUGGCACUAGCCUUGGACCAUCUCCAUAGUCUGGGGAUCAUCUACCGGGACCUCAAACCUGAAAAGUACUUGACCAUAAAGAUUCCAUUUGAUAUUUCAUAUUUCAUUCUGCUGUGAAGCAGAUUCUCAUGUUUAUUUUUCCCAACAGUAUCCUAUUGGAUGAAGAAGGACAUAUUAAGAUAACAGGUUGGAGCAUUCAGCUGAGGACACUUUCUGUCCAUUAAUGUUUUACUCAGUAUGAAUUCUUCUUCCUAAACUCCUUCUGACCUCUGUAUGUUACAGACUUUGGGUUGAGUAAGGAGGCUAUUGACCACGAUAAGAGAGCAUAUUCCUUCUGUGGAACAAUCGAGUAUAUGGCUCCAGAAGUGGUGAACAGAAGAGGACAUACACAAAGUGCUGACUGGUGGUCAUUUGGGGUACUUAUGGUAAGAACUGUCAGAUCUUGGGUAUCUCUUUGUGACAGUUUUCUUUUCACCAUUCAUGUGUACAUUGGAUCUUGAGUCUGAGAGCGUAUUCUCUCUUUCUACUGACUUUUAGGUUCUGUCUGAUCAUGCUUUCAAAGCAGCAGGCAUUAAUUUCCUUUUACUGAGCCAAGGACUCAGCUCUUAGAUAAUGAGCCAGUGGACUAGUUUUUAAAUUGGCUUUCUUCUGGCUGUAAAGCUGCUUAAUUACCAUAUCUGGCUGAUUAAGUUCUAUCACUUUCGGUCAUCCUGCAUCUGUUGAAUUUUGCUUGUUUUGUGUAGUUUGUGGCUUAUCUUGCUAACAGUAAACAGGGGUGAACAUUCGCUGAUGGCUGGCAGCUUAACUAGGACACAGAGGGAAGGUUUCAGCCCUGUCUGACCUUGGCUAAUAAUAGAAAGCAUUAAAACAAACAAGCAAUAGCUUUUCAAAAAAUCCCUGUGGACGGUGUAAAGACUUUGGAAAGUGGCAGACAGUUGUGUAAGGAGCCGAUUUAUUAGGAAUUACGACAGCAUUUGAAUCCAGAAGCAAUUGUGUUUUUUUGUCACACAAGAAUUCAAAGAAAACAUUUGUUUGUAUCUGUAUUUUAAAGAAUGAAAUAAGAUAUGAAAAGCAAAACUAUGUAAACAUCUACUAACUUAUUACAUACAAUGCAAGCUGUACACAUUUGAAGGGGAAUAGGGGAGAGUGGGGUAAGAUGAGCCAUUUUUCAUAUUACGGAUCACUACAUCAAGGCAAUCAUAGUUUUGUCUGUUACUAGUGUAUCUGCAUAUAUUUCAAGAUGUUGUGCAUCCCUGCAAACCAACAGAAUGAGUGUAAAUGUCUUUAAUUGAUUCAGAACAUUCACAGCUGUAUUUUGAAAAGAAAAAGAAACACAUUUCAACAAACUGAACUGAAACUCUGAUCCCCUUAUCAGACUCCUUUACUUUCUCAGUUGAUCCACUGGUUCAACUUACCCCAGAACCACUAUUAUGACUUUAUUAGUCCUCUAAGCUAAGAUGGUGGACUUUUAUUCUAGGUUUUUGACCUCAUGUUGUAGCUCAUAGAUCCCACAAUUGAUGAUAAAACAAAUUUAAAAUGAUCUUUUUUGGUCUGAACACAAUUCUAAUCAAACUUACAGACUAAAUUCACUUUCAAGUGGAAAAAUGUUUUUUGUGGAAAUAAAUGUCUAGCCCCUUCACCCAUGUGCUUCUAACCUUCAUAGACUCCAUGAAUUGAUACCCAUCUUCUAAAUAUUUGGUCACAUGAUCAAUUUUCUUUCAUAUUUCCGAGCAACAGGGAGUGGCUCGACUUACCCUCAGGCUUAACUUACCCCACGCUCCCCUAAGUGGACGUUUUAACAUACUAUAUCCUACCUCUCUAUCUGUUUUUUGUCUUGACAAAGGAGUAUUCAAAACCACAAUGUUAGUAUCAUGAUGAGAUGACAUAUUGGUCAAAGCAAAAAAUUUAAAUUGAAACAUUAAAUCAGUUAAUACAAUCUGUUAUUUGAUUAUUUAUCAACACAUUCUUAUCUAUACAAUUUUUUUUUUUACUCUAGGAUGUUAAUUUAAAAAUAAAUAAAUAAAACUUAGUUGAUGAUAAUUUGUUUGGUUUCAGCAGCAUGAUUUUCAGUACAUUGUUUCUUCAAGUUGUGUGAGAAGUUACAGAGGUCUCUGGAGAUCUCGGAUACUGUCACCAAUCACUGUUUGUGUUAGUUGGCACCGUUUCAGCACUGUACAUCUUCAUGUGGUCCUUUUUGUGUCAUAUCACUGAUAAAGUGAGUUUUCAGACAGCAUUUAUUUAGCAGGCUGAUGGUAAUAUAGACUAUUUUAAGUCAUCAGAUUUAAGCGGCCCUAUUCACAUACAAAUGAAGACCAAUAAGCAAACAUGCAUUAAGAAUAUAAAUCCAGACACUUGAAUUAGAUCUUUUCUGACAUUUUAUAUCAUCUGUUUUCCAGUUUGAGAUGCUGACAGGAUCGUUACCUUUCCAGGGGAAAGAUCGGAAAGAAACAAUGGCACUUAUUCUGAAGUGAGCGCUGUUAAUACUUGAUCAUUUCUUAGAUCAUUUCUCUAGUUUUCUUGAAGUUUUGUUUUAUGGCAAACUAGUUUGUCUUUAAUUUAGAUUUCAUAAGUGUUGUCUGAAGACAAAUUGUACAACAGUUAACACUUUUGCUUGUGUUUUUAUGUUUCAUUUGUGUUGUGCUCAUUGACACACUUUCAAACACCAGCAUGUAUGUAGAUAUAAACCUGUUUUGUGUCCUUUCUGUGCAGGGCUAAGCUGGGGAUGCCACAGUUUCUCAGUCCUGAAGUGCAGAGCUUGUUGAGAGCGCUCUUCAAGAGGAACCCUGCUAACAGACUUGGUAAUGUAUAUGAACUUGAAGGGCUGAAGGUUAAAAAGGACAAGAGCUGCUUCACUUACACAAACCUGUGAGCUAAUGCUGUUAGACCUGAUCCUGAUGUGGAGGAGUAAAAAAGUCUGGUCUGGACUUGGUGAACAAAGCUUGUAGAAAUGUCACUUUCACAAAAAACAGGCGUGGAGCUACAACAUGAUUGUCACCAUUUCCACAGUCCCCAUUCAUUAUUCCAAUAUUGUUAGACAAUACCAUUUAUAUCUGCAAUGUCCAGGCGAACAGACCAUAUAGAAGUCCAUUCACAGUUUGGCAGAGUACACAAAAGACUGAUUCUCUCUCUCUCUCUCUCUCUCUCUCUCGCUCUGUGCCCUUCUUUGUGACUGAUAGGAGCUGGACCAGAUGGGGUGGAGGAAAUAAAAAGACAUCGCUUUUUUGCAUCGAUAGACUGGACUGUGAGUAAAAUUCAUAUCCUCACUGCUUCAUAAUUUAAAGGUGCACAACACUGUGGGUUUAUAGAGUGGGAUAAAACUCAAGAGUACCCUCAAACAAAAAAAUAAAAUAGAAUAAAGCAGCUCUUGGCAAGUGUUUUUGUGUUAUUUCCAGGGCUGUCAAAUUUAACGCGUUAACGCAGAGUAAUCCAUCAUUAUGAUUAAUCUGAUUAAAAAUUUUAACCCAAUUAACCCAUCUGCAGCAUAGAAUGAUUCUAAAUCCCUGAAACUUCCCAGGUAAUGCCUUUCGAACAGUUUGUGCAAGUAGUGUUACCGUCGCAUAUGUGCAAAUGAGCAGUUGAUCCGGUAGUGUAGGCUCCAAACAUGACAUGACAGGUUAGUUUUAUGUGAUUUAAAAUUUGCAGCUGUUUGUACAUUGUACGUAUGCUCAUGGCUCAUUAAACAUACUCGGUAUAAGAUUUUUCUUAGUGGUAAAAUCCUUCCCCUGCCUCUGUUCUUGCCUAAGUUUGUUGUAAUUAAUCCUCUUAUCUUUAAUAGCUCUUAUGUUUGCUCAUGCACAAAUCUUCUGGUUACACAUUACCUGCACUAUCACAAUCUAACCUUGACAUUAACUCCUAAAACAUGAGCUGCAUAAAUAGGAUCAUUAUUCUUUCAACAGAAGGGGCUCCUGCCUCAAGCUUUGUUUUUGUAAGUAGCCUGUCAAACGUUGCUGAAUCUUACUCUGCAACAACAUUUGCCUUGGGCAAACUUGGGAGCUAUUCUUGCCACAGAUCAUGUACAAGAGUAGAGGGUCAUAAAAUAAGCUUGGCAGCAGUGCACGGCAAGAUUAGCUGACAUGAACACAUAAAAGGCUGCACGGAGCAGCUUUUUCUCUUUAAUGUUGGUAUAAUUGAGAAAGCCCAGCAUUGAAUAAUCCCAUAUUUACUCUUAUUUAUAGAAGAACAAAAUCUGUUAAAUUGCCUUCUGUCAGAUCCUUUCAAAGCUGAAUUUUGUUUCAGAGAUUUUCAAAAGUCUUGUGACAUUUGUUUAUCCACUCUUCUGAGUAAUGGCUCUGUAAUUUUACUUCUUACUUCAAAAUCCACUUUUAUCUGCCUCACAUGUCCACUUAUCUCAGCCCUCAUCAUUGGCUCCUACUGGUUCUUCUACCCACAGCACCCCACCCUCUCAGCACCACAAUCUUUAACUUAACAGGUGUUGUUGUUAUGGUUUAAUUCAAUAAGUUAUCAAUGUAAGGUCGAUGUCCACCUCCACACUUAGCUAAUUAAAUCAGGCAAAAAGCUUCCUCUGAUAGUCAUUACUAUCUAUUGACUUUUUCUCAGUAAACCUGCAGUCUGUUAGUACAUGUCCUGAUGUCUGAAAAGAUUACUUCGUGAAACCUUUCAUGGACUGCAGCCUCUCUUUCCCUCCAUCUGUACAUGACAAAAAACAGGUUUCAAGUUUAGCAUGAUUAUUCAGGUGGAAAUUUGUGUAGUAUACUUUGUAUGUUGCAGAAGCCAUCAGAGAGAAGCAAAAUGUAUUACCUCAAUUAGUCAGAAUAAUUCAAGGUGGCCAAGUUAAAUGAAUAUGAGUCAAAAUAGGACAAACAAAUAGAGUAAGAGACAGUCAACUUCAAAAUAUGAGUGAUUAAAAAUCUAAAGAUUAUACAAUCAAACGAUUUAGAAAAAUUUAGACACAAAAAACACUGUGCAUCAGAUAGCAGGAACAAGUCUCCUUCUUUAUACAUUAAUUGUGCUCUCCUAAUAUAAAUGGCUGCUAUGAAUGCAAAACCUCACCAGACUACAAGCAACAAGUGACGAUGCAAGGGUGACACCUGCUGGUGUAACUUAAUAUUACAUCAGGACAAAAGAAAAAGGACAUGAACAUUCACUCUGUCCUGUUGUACAACGUAAAAUUACACCAUGAAAUGUAUAAUUAAUGAAUCUCUUUCAUCACAUCACAUCUUUUAUAUCCAGAAGAUUUAAAUUAUCUUUGGGCUUUGGCAUUUUUUUGCCCUCUAAAUUAAAUGUUUAAGAUUCAGCUUCAAUGCAAGUGGAUAUUUGUGAAGACUUGCAUGACUGUAGCAUCAGUCUGGUGUGAGGUAUAAGACAGUAGUUGGUGAAACAGUCCUUUAAUUUGUUUAUUUAUUUUUUUACAGUGUAUCAAGUCAUUUCAUGCAAAGGAACAGAUGUUCAACAGAAUAAAACCAGAGUUUGUUGGUUUUACUAUCAAACUAAAAGUUUGAUUUUUUCUGAUUAAAUGUGAUUUCAUGUAAAUGGAGCCAGCUUGUGGUGAAAGCAGAUAUACUGACACAAUCUUCGAUGUUGCUUCAUACAGAGGUUAUACAAGAAAGAGAUGAGGCCUCCUUUCAAACCCACAGUGGGGAGACCUGAAGACACUUUCCAUUUUGACCCUGAGUUCACCUCCAGAACACCCACAGGUAACUAACACAUGUCAAACACACACAUACAUACAUGAAAGUAUAUAGUGCAUGAGAUAUGUUUUUACAUGAAAUUCAAUGAAUUCAGUAUCUAAGUAAAUGUAUCUAGUGGUUGUUAUAGCUGGUGAUACAUUUAAACCUAAAUGUUUGUAUUUGUAAGAGUGGUGAGGAUAUUUUUGUAUCAUCUUUGCCCAUCAGAUUCUCCUGGAAUCCCACCCAGUGCAAACACACACCAGCUGUUUCGUGGGUUCAGCUUUGUUGCACAAAAUCCAAAUCCAGAGUCAAGUGUUGCUACAGUUGCGCCAUCUCGUCAGGAGUUGGCGAACAUCAACCCUAUUGCACAGGUAAACGUCUUUCAGCAAGCAGCUGCUCUUUUUUCACUACAUCUAAUAAAGUAAUGAAUAUCAGACAGUUCAGAUUACAUCUUAUCUUUAAUUUUAACCGUUUGAAUAAUUAAGUCCUAAUAUUUAAUGAGCUCACAUUCCCAAACAUUACCCUCAUAAAUCACAGCCAGCUAUCUUACUACAGCGGCUGACUCCUAAGAAAAAGCAAUUACUUUCUCUCACGUUCGACAAGACUCUGAUACUUCUGACCAGAGCAGGUUUGUGUAAUAUUAGAAAAAGGUGUGUGUCUAUGUUUCUGCAGCAUCUCAGAGGGGACGUGGCCUUCAGUGAUGUUUAUGAACUCAAGGAGGAAGUCGGACAGACCACGACUUCAGUCUGCAGGAGGUGUCUGCACAGGGUUACGGCUGUGGAGUACUCAGUGAAGGUGAGAUGAGAUUGCUGUAUUAGGGCUUAUGAUACAAUAUACUUUGUUGCCUCCUUGGGGAAAAGCAUCCUGGACUCAUCCAGAAAAGAUCCAUUAUAGAAAAUGAAUGAACAUAAUAAUGUUAAAAACGAGCAAUAACCCACAUGCAAACAGAGAGCACAUACUAAGACCACCACAGCUAACAAGCAACACAUAUUGCUCAUUACCUAUAUCGCAUAAGGGAAUAGCAUUGUAAGAAAAAGAUAAAAGCUAAUAAGACAAGUCUUUCAUGACACUACUGCACAAGCCCCAAAGCCCCAAGACAGGUGGGUGGGUGGGGGGUUGGGCAAUAGUGUCAUAUUUAGAUAUACAGCCUUAUAAAAUCAUAUAUUUUUAAAUCAGGCCCCAUUUUUGCAGAUUUAAGAAUCUCAAUGAAUAUUUGACCCCAAAGAGUUUUGGAGCGGCUCAGUUACAUUUCUACAUUUUGCAUCGGAAAACAGGCUGUAGUAGAUACAAGAUAUUUCUUCAGAUUAAACGUUUCUGAUCAAAUUUUGUCAUGCUGUCACUGACUGAUCCAGAUUUUUAUUCCAAGUAGCGGACAAUAAUAAAGAAAGUAUUCUCAAUAAGAUAGACUUAUUCAUCCACACUGGGUCCCAGAGUCCCAGAUAAAUGAUUUAGAUCCAUCAUGAUGUGCAUGAGACACAUUAACACAAACAAAUUAACAAAUGAAUCCAGAUGUUAACAAACAAAUCCCACUCUGCAGGGGAAAAAAAAACACUGUUGUUAUCAAUUAAUCAAUUUAAUUCUUCUGAAUCUGAAGAGAGUAAUUUGAAAACUGUUUCAAGUUUAAAAGACAAGCAUCUGUCACUAAAAUGUACAUUAUAGACUCCCACAUUAAAAUAACAAUCUGAGCCAUUUGCUGGAAAUAGUAUUUAGUGAGCAUACUUUGGUUUGGUACUUUUGUUAAUUAUGACAUUACAGUCUUUAAAUCUUUUCACUGCAGCUGCCUGAAGGGACUUAAUAAAACAAAUCCAAAAUUAUUUAACCUUGUUACUAUUUAAACAUGUUAUUAAAAAAGUGAAGGUUCAAAGAUAUUAGUAGAGAUAGAAGAAUUAUAUCAUAUAUCUAAACAUUAUAUAGCUAAAGAGACUGUUUCCAAAUAAAGGGUCAGAGUCUUUGUCAAACAGAAAAGGUCAUGUGACUGGAAUUGUCAGAGCUUCACAAAUGCCUCAAUUAGCACUUCACUAAAAAGUUUGAUUCUUAAAAUGUCUGUUGGGACAUUUAUGAGAUAAGAGGAGAGGAGAUUAACCAAGAAAUAGCAGCUGUGAUAAUUAACAAGAAAUCCUUUUUCCAUCUCCAGCUGAUUCUAAUUAAUCACAUAAUACAGUAAUCAGCAAAGUUAAUAAAGAGGAGUCUCGAACAACAAGUUAACUCCAUCACAUUGCAACUAUAAACUGUCAAAUCUCAAUUGUUAAGCUUUGUAUAUUGUGCAGUAUUUUGCACAGUAUACAAAUGUUUUUAAAGAUGCAUAUUAAGUAUUAACAGUUUUUGUCAUAGGAUAUUAAAGCGUUAAAGAGCUCAUCGUUUUUAUAUUAUUAAGUCAUGUGAGUGUGAUCAUUGCUCUGAGUGAAAAGGCUGCACACAAGCACUAGCAUUUGUGCAUCCCUGCAAUAUCAAUUAAGAGAUUAAAAGACACAAUGCAUAACAUAUCCUGUUUGUUUUUUGUCAGAUUAUUGAGAGAGCAAGGAAAGAUCCUGCAGAAGAGAUUGAGAUUCUGUUAAGAUAUGGACAGCACACAAACAUCAUCACCCUGAAAGAUGUAAGGCCUCUCCAACCAUUAAAAACAUACUGUGACUACCACCAGAAACAUCUCAUUCAUCCUCUUAGCAGUUUUACAAGCCGAGCCCUGUGUGUGCUUCAACCAUCAGGUGUUUGAUGAUGGCCAGUUUGUGUACCUGGUCCAGGAUUUAAUGAGAGGACAGGAGCUGCUGGACAGAGUUCUGACUGUGCCAAAUUUCACUGAGAGGGAUGCGUCAGACAUCAUCUGCACACUGACCAAGACUGUGGAAUAUCUGCACUCACAGGGGGUAAGGCACAAUGAGAAAACCAAGAGAAACUGAAGGGACUGCCUGUAAAUUUCCUUUAAUGCAGUUGAUAGCUUAGCUUUCAUUUUUCAUCUAUUAUAUACCUGUUUUUCUUUACAGGUGGUACAUCGAGACCUGAAGCCGAGUAACAUUUAUUACUCUGAUGACAGCGGACUUCCAGAGAGCAUCAGGAUAUGUGACUUUGGUUUUGCCAAACAGCUCAGAGCUGAGAAUGGCUUACUGAUGAUCCCCUGUUACACAGCCACAUUCAUGGCUCCUGAGGUAAACACAAGAUUCACUAAAAGUUAUGAUGCAACUUUCAAAAAAAAAACAUCACACCAAAAACUAAUCCCACCAUGAACUCUCUUUACAUGACUCCUGUGUGUCUGUAGGUUCUGAGAAAGCAAGGUUAUGAUGCAGCCUGUGACAUCUGGAGUCUGGGGAUCCUGCUCUACACCAUGAUAGCCGGGUCAGUCUAGAGUUUAUUAGCAUUUUAAACUCACACAGCAUGUUUUAGUGCAGCUGAGCUCUCUCCGAUAAAUAAGUAAACUGCAUCUAAAGCUCCCCCUGCUGCUAUAAACUGGUUGUGUUUUAAAUACAGCCCCCUAUAAAAUAGAAAUACAGUGCACAGCUUAUUUUAGCCUUGACCCAUCAAUGAAUAUUACCUUUUACUUUCUCUACAUGGGGUUUUAUUGUCUCUGGAUUCAAUUAUACCAGCGCUUUUAUUUCAGUUGUAGAUUUCAGAGAGCUCUGCCUGCAUAUGUCUGAUUCAUUUUCUGCUGAGUUGCUCUGUGUGAAUUUUUCUUUUUUAUGUUGUUCUAGUUUCAGUCCAUUCGCCAGCAGUUCUGAGGACACAGCAGAGGAAAUUCUGGCUAAAAUCGGCAGCGGGAAAUUCAUCACCACAGGAGGAAACUGGGAUCUUGUAUCAGAGGCUGCCAAGGUUACUAUAUUACAUACUUUCAAGACAGCUGUAUUUCUGUAAGCAUAUUGUAUCUUAAUGUAUAAUAUCUUUUUUUUUUUGUUCUGCAACUUUUUUUAGGACAUCGUGAUCAAAAUGCUUCAUGUGGACCCUCAUCAACGCCUGACUGCGCCCCAGGUACUUUAAUUAUUUUAAUAUAACUUGGUUUACUUUGACAGGUUAUAGACCCCCCACACUAUUAACAAUCUUCACUUUAGGUAUCACAAAAUCAAUAAAAUACAUGAAAUAUUUAUGCUUAAUUAAUCUUUGUGUAGUGAUGAAAAUAGUUGAGAAAAUAAUCCGACACAGUGCAUAUCGUUUCCAUGCUUAUCUCACAGGUAUUCCUACAGUCAACCCUUAUGAAACUUCAGUAAACUCUUUGAUAACUUUAUCUAAAAUGUAAAAUAUUCAUGUGCUUUUACGUCCCUCUAUAGGUUCUCCGCCAUCCCUGGAUUGUGGACAAAGACCAGCUGUCUGACAAAGCACUCUCCAGACAAGAUGCACCUUCUGUUAAGGUCAGACCUGUUUAUAAAGUAAAAAUAAUUGGAAUAUCAGACUAAAUAUUUAACAUCCUCAGAAACUCUGUGUUUUUAUGUGUUUCUAUUCUGCGUCUUGAUUGUACAACAACAAAAAUGUUAAUGCUCUGACAUAGGGCUGGGCAAUAAAACUAUAUCGAUGUAUAUCAAAAAUGAAUUUCCCUCAAUAUCAAUAUAAAACACGGUCAAUAUGCUUUUUGAUAGUCGGCAUUCUGUCAUGUUUUGGUAGAAAUGCAGAUGUAGGCUCAUCAGAUGACAACAUCGUCGACAACACUGGCAUGAAAACGAUUUGGUUUUUUGAGAUUUGACAUGAAGCAGAGUAAUGUGUACUGCAAAUUAUGUUGAGUACAUGUUCUCGCAAAGUCGGGGAAUGCCUCAAAUCUUUUUCACCACCUGAAGCAGUGCCACACGACAGAGCACGCAUAAUGCAAAAGGUUACAAACCCUGAGCGGGGCACGGAGCCCAUGGCGCCAGUGCAGUAGAAACAGCCGACCAUUCAGUCCACUUUCUCUAGCACAACGCCUUACGACAAAACGUCAAAGAGACACAAAGACCUCACAGAGGAAGUAGUUUAUUGUAUUGUAAAAGACAUGCUACCAAUAAGCACUGUUAAAUUUCAUAUUUUCAUAUCGUGAUAUAUAUUGAUAUCGACUGAUAUGAAAAAAAUAUAUCAUGAUAAACUUUUUUCCGUAUUACCCAGCUCUACUCUGACAUUUAUUAGUGUUUUUGUCAGCUUUGGAUUGCUCAAAUUAGGGGGGUUUGCCAACAUUCACCCCACAUGUCCAAAAAAUCUCUCAUUUCAAGAUCUUAUUUAUAGCCAUAAAAAAGAUCUGCUUGUUGAAUUGCUUGUAAUGAGCAAAAAAAAUGUCUAUUGAAUUAGACUAGUCAGUUAUUCAAAAGUCAGCUGUCAAUAUACAGCAAGGCAGGAGGCUGACCUUGGCUCUGUCAUGAGAAAAGCCACACUGCCAGGGACAACAGGUGAUGUAGGCAAAGGAAGUCUGAGCCGUCUCUGAUUUGCUGCUUGCAAAUGUACAUAAAUGAAAAAUUACCUGGGUUAUUUAAGUAGUGGUGUGUGUCACCAUCAACACUGGUUAUAUUCAUGUAGCCUAAUAUAUCAGGACCCUUGGAUGAAAAGGUAACUAGUAUAAAUUAGUAGUUGUGAAGCCCCUAGCCCAAAAGGACUGUGGUGAUGAUGUGUCGAAUUUUUAAAGCAUUAGUGUGCUAAAAUACAAAAAAGAUGUUUCUCUAUCUGUCCAUGUAGUGGCAUUAUCUGCCUGUAAUGAAUUAUAUGAUUUGGCUACUUUUUACACAAUCUAAUAUAUUCUCCUUUUUCCCACCAGGGGGCACUGUCUGCCACUUACUCAGCUUUGAAACGCUGUGCUCCUGCACCUGUCCUGGAGCCAGUUCAGUCUUCGAGCCUGGCUCAGCGGAGAGGGAUGAGGAAACUAGGGAGCCCCAAAGCUGAGUCAGAUCCUAAAGGAAAGGAGCAGCCUCACCAACCCAAGUGAAUUUCUGAAGAAACCAAACACUCGCUGAUGUGAUUCAAGAUUUGGAUGGCCUUCUGCACAAGCACAAACUUUUUUAAGAGCAGUCCUGACUUCAGAAUCAGUUCAGUUCACUCAGUUCAAAAAUUAAUCCUACAUGGUGGGAUAAAAAUCCAGUGUGGGGCUAUGAAUUACAACAAAUCCCCACAUGGCUGUAGAAGUCGACUUUUAUGAGCCUUAACUCACACUUUCUUUGUCCUAAACAAAGCAGGAUCAGUUUUAUUCUGCAUGAGACUUUAAAGGUAGUUGGACAACCAGCAGCUUUACAAGUUCUUUAUUUAAGAGCAAACAUCUGUGUAAAUCAACCAUCUCACCACAUGUUGCACUCUAGCUCUGUGACAAUAUUUCUCACUGUCUAAUAAUGGCAAUAAUAUUGCAGGGAAAUAGAUCUGUUAUAUUUGGGCCAAACUUCAGCCUGGCCAUGCAUGUUGGAAUACAAUAUGAGCUGUAGUGCAAUGUUCAUAGACUAACUCUUACCCACUCUGUUCUGUAUUACAGCUUCAGCAGCUUGACAAAUCGUUCUUAUCAUCAAAAAUGUGAAAAGUUGUAUUCAGUGCCACACACACUACGCCAACUUUCAUAUGAAGCUCAUACAUGUACCAGACGUUCAGCUCUGACUUUAGAUAUGUGCUAAAGUAGAUUCUAUGUGAUGAAAGGGUUACUGUCAUUCAAACUAUGUUUCCAUGAAGCUUCUGAAGUCUACAGAGUUAUGCAUGUUCAAAAUGUAAAUAUGCUACCAAAGGGACUUAAUCCUUACCUUCAUAUUGCCAUUGAAGUCUUAUUGUUCACAAUAUGGUUAAUCAUUUGACUGUGAGUGUUGCCGUCUUCCAUGAACUCCGCCUUUGACUCUUAUAAAGUUUAUUGUUAAGUGUUUUACUCAGAACUGCGAGCUAUGAAGGCGUAUACGUCGAAGCAUUUUCCUGUUUUUUUUUCUGUGACAUAUUCAAAGUGUUACUUGGAUUCAGACUACUCUGUUCAUUAGUUUGUAUAAGGAACUCUGUAUUGAGUGUGAUUGCUCAUUUUCCUGUGUGUGCCUCAGUGUCCGGUGUUUGCAGUAGGCUCCUGUUCGCUGUUAUUGUCUGAAAGCUGAGAUCUUGCACAGUGUCAGAGGAUUAUACGUACUGUCUCUUGCUGCGGAACUGUUUGAUUCUAUGAAGUCCUAUUAAUGCAAAUACGAGGUAAGACCAAACAGGGUGAUUUGUAGAUAUGAUGAGUAGCACACAUUGUGUUGUACAGUUUACCAGUAGGAUUAUAGAUUAUGAUGCUCAACCAUUACAACACACAAAAAGCAGUUAGCACUGUAGCAGUGUUACAGUAAACCUGUACAUAUAAUGUUGUCCUUAAACAGACUCUAUGUGUUGCGGUGCAUUGCACAACUGUCUAAAGAGGAGCUGAGACUGAUGCAUUGAAGGUUGUAGAUACUGUGUAGUAUAUGUUAGUAGUAGCGCUGUAAAUAAUGGUAACUCAAGACUGUACAUACUGUUGUGCUGAACCAGCAUUAAAGAGGUUAGAUUGUUUAUGAAUGGUGUUGCACACCUUUAGAGAAGCUGUACAUAAUGUGUUUGCAGAUAAUAUAUUGAGAUUGUACAUAUUCUAUUGUGUUGUGCAUCCAUUGCUCAAAGUGUACAUACUGUCUAUAUCUGGCCAAUCAAUAAAAUUAUUGGCUAGAACGCCAAAGUUUUACAAAUAAAGGAAAAGACUGGAAACAACUUUGGGAAAUUGAGUUUUUAAUCGCAUUUAUGAACCAACAUCUGCAAAAAUAGUUUAACCAUUUAAUUACUGUACAGCCUUUAUGCCCUGAUAAUGUUUACAAGUUUAAACAUAAACAGACCAGCCAGUACAUCACUUAGAUCACAGACCUUUUAUAACAUCUGACACUAGUGAUGGAAAAAAAAGAGAUAAACAAUCAUCUGUGUCUUAGUAAUAAUAUUUUUUUAUAGCAGUUUUAAAAACAGAGAUUUUUAAAAUGCUUUUGACAAAGAGUCAAAUAGUCAUGAUGAAGCAGCUGCAACAUCCUCACCAAACUGAAGAAGGGAAUUAAAGGAGGAAGAAACUCAAGAGGGGCUGAGGGUAGGUCUGGACAAAAAAACUCAGUUUAUGAUUUUUAUUGAUUUUUCUUCAUCUCCUAUAAAUAAAACCACAAGAUGACAAAGCAUAACUCUGAACACUGUGGUUUGUUUGAGGUCUAAUACUUUAAAACCAAACCACUUCCAAAUGACUGAUGAGGUUUAGCCUUUUUUGGGGAAUAGACUCUCCACUUAUGCAAGCAGCCGUGUUGCUGUUGUGUUUGUUUGUCUCUGCAAGAAGUAAGCGAGGGGAGAAAUAGGGGGCUGUGUUGAAAUAAGAGCCCGGCAUAGUGGCAGAGGAAGUAACAGAGAAAAUACAGGUUUUCAUUUUUGUUUAACCAACAAAAUCAAAAAUGCAAAUAAAUCCAUUGAUCACAAAGCCCUAGUUGAUAGUAGCAUUCAACUUCGACUCAUCAAAGUGACAUCUUCUGAAAAAGUUUGAGUACAAUUUAAAAGAGAUAAAGGAGGUUACAUGAGGCAAGAAAUCAGCUACAUGAUGGUAGGUUUGGUUUACAACAGGCACAUGCCAGCAAGUAUGAAAGCUAACACUCAAAUGCACUGAUGUAAAUCAAAUGUUUUCAUCUUUAAAAUAUACUUUAAAAAUAAAACAAUAAAUACUUUGAUAGGAAAUAAAUAUGCAUUGUAUGCACACACGCAUGGUACGAAAAUCUAUCCAAGAUAUUCUCUAACAUGCAAACAUGAAAUAAACUUAUUCAGAGAUCAAUAUUUUUUUCAUAUUGCUUCAAAAGUCCUCCGUGAGAAGCUGAUGGACACAUGAAAUUUAAUUUCUCACUGUUGAGAGUUCGGUUAAAUAAUAAUGUGACUGCAAGUUCCUGCCAGUGCCACUAGAUGGCAGCCAAUCAUCUCUCUAUCAUCCAUUGCCAAUCUCUCUCUCUCUCUCUCUCU